GAACUACACUUCUAGUAAAUAGUGUAAAUAUCUUCCAAGUCGUUCAUGAAUCUUAGAUCUUAACAUAACUCGACGAAAAGUAAUAAGAUGAAAAAUAAAUGGAUGUUUUUUUUACUUGAAAGGCUAUGACAGUUAAAAACGGCAUAGUUGAAAAAGAGAAAAAUAGAGAAAGAUAGAGAGAUAGAGAGAGAGAGAGAGAGAGAGAGAGAGAAACUGAGAAAGCAAGGUAUACAAAAAUUUGGGACAGAAUCGAAAUCAAUCUACGAUCAAACUUUAGAUGAAAUUAUGAAAUUAUGGAAGAACCAUCCGAGUUCGAAGAGUAUCAUGAAUUAGAAACAGAUUUAUACGACUAUUUAACUAGGGAAGACUUCGAGGAAGCUCUCGCUGCGUACAGUAGUAGAACGUGGUUCGUCUGUUGGAUAUUUAUACUGUCUUUCACAGCGACGAUACUAAAUGGUUUCCACGUGAUGUCCUACGUCUUCUACAGCGUUUCACCGAAGCACUGGUGCUCGAUUCCAGUGUUGGAGGAAGCGAAUUGGACGCCCGAGCAAAUACGAGCUGUAUCCAGUCCCAGGUGGUUGAUAAUCCGUACUAAUGCCAAUAGGAUCGAAUUAGAUAUAUGUCUCGUACUGAUUCACAAUCGAGAAAGAGAGAGGGAUGUCAAUCUUUUUUUUUUUUCUAGUCCAGACGAAUUUUCCAACUGCGAGUAUUACGAUUGGAAUUACGAAGAACUACGAGAUAUGGGUUAUGAAAGUGCUCUACAGAAAGUGAAGGCCGAUAAAAAGCCUGAUACCAUCUUUUGCACGCAAUAUAGUUAUGAAAUAGAACAUAAGGAUUCGUCUUUCGUGCCGGAAUGGAAUAUGGUCUGUCAUCGUUUAGUGAUGAAAGCCACGGUUCAAACUGCAGUAUCUUUUGGUAAAUUCAUCGGUGCGUUCGUCUUUGGAAUAUUAGCUGAUAAAUAUGGUAGGAAGAUGACCUUUGACCUUUCUUGUUUGAUAUAUAUAAUUACUGGACCAGUCAUUGCCUGGACAGAUUCGUAUAUCAUCAUGGUGAUAUGCAGAAUUGGUCUCGGAGUAGCUGGAAUCGGUAUCUACCAGGCAGCUUAUUCGAUACUGAUAGAAAUAACUCCACCGAACAAGCGUUCCGCAUUCGGCGUGAUGUUCAAUAUGAGUUAUCCAAUCGGAAUGAUUCUAAUUGCCGUCAUUGCAUAUCAUAUCAGAGAAUGGAGAUUAUUGCAAUUGUAUAUUUCUUUGCCGUCGUUCAUUCUAAUUCUACAUAUGUUAGCUAUGCCAGAAAGUCCAAGAUGGCUUUAUUAUUCAAAUCGUAGGAAGAAAGCCUGGAAAAUGAUGCGAAAUGUAGUAUCACCUGAGAAACGAAAAAUGAUUGAUGAACAACGAAUAAGCAUCAUAGCAGAAAUACAGGAAAAAACUUCUCGUUAUAAACAAUUCAAAAGAAAUAUUCGAUACUUUAAAUACUUUCAGAUAAAUAUGAGAUUACUUCUAUGUUGGUUCAUUUGGUUUUCUACGUCUAUGGCGUAUUACGUAUUAUCGAUUAUCUCUGGCCAUUUGAAGAUAAACAGCUAUCUUUACACCGGACUUUCCGGUAUAGCCGAAGGAAUCAGUUAUAUCAUAGUUAUACCUAUGUUGCAAAUAAUUGGUAGACGGGGUACAUCAUUCAUUUUACUUCUAUGUUCAGCCAUCUCAUUUUCUGUUCUUCUCGUUUUACCAGAUAUUGAAAAUAUUAAAAUGUUGAAAGAUAUUCAAAUGUUCGUAGCUCUUCUUGGUAGACUUUGCGUUAGCAGCGUGUUCGUCGCUGUGAUAAUCCACUGCAGUGAACUUUUCCCAACUGUUAUAAGAAACGUAGCAAUUGGAAGCAGUUCUACGUGUGCGCACAUUGGCAGUACAUUAGCACCAUAUCUUGUGGAUUAUUUUAUUAUUUAUGGAUGGUGGGUACCAAAUGGGGUUUGUGGCUUAACAACGUUUAUCAGUGCCAUGUUUACACAAGUAUUUCCAGAAACUAGACACUUAGCCUUAUAUGACACUAUGGAUGAAUUUUUUUCAAGAUGUAAAGCCAAUCCCAGAGAACGAUUAUCUCUUAAAAAUAGUUUAGUAUACACUCUACUUAGAAAAUUGCAUAUUGUCAAAAGACGUACCCCUAUGAUCGUUCAAGAAGAAUGAAAAGCAAUUCCACCAUACAUUUGUCUACUUCGUAUAGAAUACAUGCUUUCAAUGUCCCCUCAGAAUUUUUGGAGUAAUGUAUAUGUACAGCUUAAAAUUUAUGAAAAUAUGUACUAUAAUGUUUUACAAUUCAUAAAGAAAAAUUAUACGGAAUGCAGGAAUAUACGUUAAUAUUCCCUUUUAACUUUCAUACAAUAAAGCACUUCUACAAUUUAACGGCUUAACAAUAAAAAGUUAAAGCCAUUCUUGAUUUAAAUUAUCUUUCCUCAUUAAUUAUAAGUUCUUACAGUACGUAUGCCUUAAAAAGGAAUUGUACUUUUCCUUCUAUGUUAAUUUAGGUUUAUCUACAUAUUGUUUUCCAUGAUGAAUAAUGGUAGCAAAAGUUCCUGCAACCAUAGCACCCCAAAA